AUGCGCAUCCUCUGCCUCCACGGCCGAGGCACCAGCGCCCAAAUCUUCCGAUCCCAAACCACCUCCUUCCGCUCCCGCCUCGAAGACCUCCCCAUCACCUUCGACUUCAUCGACGCCCCCUACACCACCACGGCCGCCUCCGGAAUCGACCUCUUCUACGAACCCCCCUACUACACUUUCUGGCGCAAUGACUCCAUCCCAGAUAUCUACAAAGCCCGCGACUGGCUCCUAGACCUCAUCUCCGAGAAAGGGCCCUACGACGCCGUCCUAAGCUUCUCGCAAGGCUGCAGCCUCGCAGCCUUAACCCUCCUCCUGCACGCCCACGAAACACCACACGCGCCCCCGCCGUUCAAAGCAGCCAUCUUCAUCUGCGGCGGUGCCCCGCUACCCCUCCUCGAGGAACUGGGGUACAACAUCACCCCGGAAAUGCAAGCCCAGGACGCAGCGUCCCGGAAGAAAUUAUCCAUUCAGGCCGAUUCAGCCUCGAUCCUGGCGAAGGGCGCGGAUAGAUGGAGUGGUAGCGACGAUGCGGGGGAGGUGAUUGACGAGGAAAGAAUUCGGGGGGAGAUUGAGCGGUGUGCGAAUGGUGCCGUCAAGAUCGGGGUUCCGACGGUGCAUGUUUAUGGACGCAAGGAUCCGAGGUUUGCCGCGGGCGUACUGUUGUCGGGGGUUUGUGAGGAGAGUAACAGGAGGGUUUUUGAUCACGGGGGUGGGCAUGAUAUUCCUCGUACAUCGGUGGUGAGUGAUCGUUUGGCGGAGUUGGUGAGGUGGGUGUUGCAGGAGGGGAGUCUUGUUUAG